AUGGGAGACUCUGGAACCGGGGAGAGGCUUGCGACUAACGUUUUAGUCCCCCGGAGAGAUACGCACCGCUCCUUUUGGAUGAGGCCUACUCAGGCGGUGAGCGAGACGGACGGCCGCCGCCCGCUAUCCUGCCCGAUGCUGUCUGGCCAGACUCCCUUAGCUGAGCAGACCGGGCCCUGUUCCCCCCCCCUGGGCCGGCGGGGGUGAUCCCGGCCCACACCCUAUAUGCUCUGCAGCCUCUGCUACCUCGAAGCACCCGGGGCCCUGAAGGACUGCAAACACGUAGACCAGGCCACGAGCCAUAUCUAAAAUGGCGGCGCAGUGACCCUGCUGGCUCGCACAGAUACCUGCGGCUCCCGGGGGGAUGCCAUCUACACAAGCCCUGUGAAUCUGAUCUAAUAGACAACCCCCCGGGCAUGCUCGGCCGGCCGGCACAGAAGGCACAUCACCUCCACAACGGCACAGCGACACCUAACUGCCAAACCGCAAGGAGGAGACACCAAACGGCUGGAGGAAAACAGCUGCGACAAAAUCAGGGGGACUUACCAACCUUCAGCAGCCACAAAGCAGAACUCGGGCAGACAGGACUUGAGGAACCAGCAUGA